CCCAUUGGCCGUGGAUGUGAGUGACAGCGCUAAGCCCCGCCCACCGCGCCCUGUCCCAGCCUGCCUCGUUGCGAGGCGUGCAGACGUGCCCGGACUCUGGGAACCUGCAGCAGCCGGACCGGGACCAGAACCAGGACCAGGACCUGAAACAUGGCUUCGUGCUCAGGAUGUGGACCGGGCUACCGCAGCCCCCUGGACGCCAUGAAGGGCCCUCGGGAGCAGAUCGUCUACCUGCCUUGCAUCUACCGCAACACCGACGUGCUGAAGCCCGACUACCUGGCCACCGUCGACGUGGACCCCAGCUCCCCUACUUACUGCCAGGUCAUCCACCGGCUGCCGAUGCCGAACCUGCGUGACGAGCUGCAUCACUCGGGCUGGAACGCCUGCAGCAGCUGCUUCGGAGACGCCACCAAGAAGCGCAACCGCCUCAUCCUGCCCAGCCUCAUCUCGUCCCGCGUCUACGUGGUCGACGUCGGCACCGACCCCCGCCAGCCGCGACUCCACAAGAUGGUGGAGCCCACCGAGCUGUACUGGAAGUGUGGACUGGCCAACCCGCACACCACACACUGCCUGGGCAGCGGCCAGAUCAUGAUCAGCUGCAUGGGCGACCCCAACGGCAACGGCAAGGGUGGUUUUGUCCUGCUGGACGGCGAGACGUUUGAGGUGGUCGGGAACUGGGAGCACCCGGGCGAGGCGGCGCCUUUCGGCUACGACUUCUGGUACCAGCCGCGUCACAACGUGAUGAUCAGCACCGAGUGGGGGGCGCCCAGGGCUCUGGCAGACGGCUUCAACCCCGCCCACGUCAAACAGGGGCAGUACGGCAGCGCCCUCCACGUGUGGGACUGGACGAGCCACAGGCGGCUGCAGACGCUGGAGCUGGGCGAAGAGGGCGCCAUUCCCCUGGAGAUCCGCUUCCUGCACGACCCCGACGCCACCGAGGGCUACGUGGGCUGUGCGCUGCAGGGCACCGUCUUCCGCUUCUACAAAACACCCAAAGGCGACUGGGCCGCCGAGAGAGUCAUCAAGGUUCCCAGCAAGAAGGUGGAGGGCUGGAUGCUGCCUGACAUGCCCAGCCUGAUCACAGACAUCCUGAUCUCCCUGGAUGAUCGCUUCCUCUACUUCAGCAACUGGCUGCACGGUGACAUCAGACAGUAUGACAUCACAGACAGGAGGAACCCGCGAUUGGUCGGCCAGGUGUUUCUGGGAGGAAGCCUCGUCAGCGACGGUCCGGUCAGAGUGCUGGAAGACCCGGAGAACCAGCCGCAGCCGCCGCCGCGCGUCAUCAAGGGGAAGCGUAUCCGUGGCAGUCCUCAGAUGUUGCAGCUGAGUCUGGACGGUCGGAGACUUUAUGUCACCACGUCUCUGUACAGCGGCUGGGACAAGCAGUUCUACCCUGACAUGAUCCAGGAGGGCUCAGUGAUGAUGCAGGUGGAUGUGGACACGCUGAGCGGCGGCCUCUCCCUCAACGAGAGCUUCCUGGUUGAUUUUGGGAAGGAGCCGGACGGCCCGGCGCUCGCCCACGAGCUGCGCUACCCCGGAGGAGACUGCACCUCCGACAUCUGGCUGUGACCCCGCCGCCGCCCCGCCAACGCCCCCCGCAGGCUGUAAGAGGGAACACUGACUCUUAGCUCCCUUAUGGACCAAAUUCUCCGCCUGGCUCUGUCCAAUGACCUUUACACUUACUGUGAAAUCUGUGUCAGUCAGACUUCCUCUGUUUGAAAGUGAUUAAUACUGCUAACACAGCACGUCGAAAAAUAGAACAAAUGUUAGUGCAAUACGUUAUAAUACAGAUUCAUUUCACUACACCAAUGUUUUAUAAGCAAUGUCACUGUAAAAAAAAAAAAAACAAAAACAAAAAAAACAUGAAUUAAAAGUGUCAAAAUGCCAUCUGUUUGGUGUGUUAACCUGA